AUUAAGCUGAUGGGAUUACAAAUUUAUGAAAUUUUUACUAUUGCCCGCUGGCAUUCGACGAGGACUUGCUAUGUGACCCACUGCCAUGGUCAUAGAUGGUCAUGCAUAAAGUUCAAACAUUUUUUCCGUUGUUGACCGCAACAUUGAAACUGGCUCAAAUAAAAGCUACAACAACAAACAAUAACAAACGAAGAAAUGGUUAAAAACAAUGAAAUGCCAAGCCAAGUGGGAGGCGGAAAAACUAGUUGCCUGACCACAUCCACAUCCACGGCAAAUGUAAGAAAAGUGUACGAAAAUCGCAAUUGAAAAGCAAACGAACCAGUUUGUGGCGAGAGCCCAAACAAAAUUGAAGCCUGCAUCUUGAUUGGACGUGGAUGUCUUUGGCGAUUAUGUCAUGACUGCCUGCCUGACUCUCGAUGGCGGAAAGUUGUGAGCCUUUGGGCUGGUUUAAUUGUGGCCAAAAAAAGAUUGUUAGUUCGUUAGCCGAAUUCGUUGAGGCGAUCGAGGCGGCUUUAACCAUGAAAACGCGCAACAAGGUGCCGCAUUGAAGCGCUGACCACGCAAUCAAACGGACGCGUUUUUUAAAUACCAGCAAACAGCGAACAGAAAACGGCAAACAGCAACUGCUAUGGGAAUACGUGUAUUUAUAUUGGCCGCCAUGGGCUUAGGUGCUAUGUAUAUGAUGCAUCUGUUGGCACAGGAUUGGAAUCGCAUUCGACCCAUACAGCAGAUUUCAAAUUUAGCUGGUCAGGUGGGCACGACGUUGAACCUGCAACAGUUGCCAAAUUUUAUUGGUCAAGCGAGCUCGGCCUUUAGCUUGCAACGUAGCAAGCGAGAUACCAAGAGUCGCGCUUUAGGCUGGGUCCAUGGGAGACAGGAUACAGGAGGUGGCAGCAAUGCUGCAGUGCAUCACAGUGCCACAGCUUCCAUAGAUUGGAAACGCAUACUUGCGCGCGAUCCCUUCGAGUGUUUACAAUCGCUCAUCUGUCAGCUGAUGUCUGGUGCAGAGGCCCACUCCGAGGAGGCGGAGCUGCUGAUGAACUUUAUGGAAUCCUCCUUAGAAAUGGCGCCAGCAAAAAUUGGACGCGCUUUUAGUCGAGGACUGGCGUUACGUGGACGCAGUGAUCGCUGCUACAAUGAAUAUCCAUUCUGUUUAUACUCCGCCAAGACGAUGUUACGCAUCCUGCGCUGGUUCAGCCAAACGGGAAAUGUGCCCGUGGAGGAGCCAGAGGAGGAUAAGUGAGGUUCUAUUCCUCAGAUUUAAGAG